UCAGAACUGAGCGCAGUGACACUUGUUCACACUGACAACUGGCUGGCUGGCUGGCUGAGCACUGAGAAGUCUAGGAACAUGUCAGUGACCAAUGCGCAAGCGGAAGUUUAACUGUUGCCCACCUUUCAUUGAAACUGGACACGCUGAUUCGAAGCGCUCUCGACCUAGAUGGACUCGGACUGGGAGGCAAUACUGUAUGAAUGGGUGCAAAAUUGACAUGUCUUGCACGGAUCUUUCUGACGUAGACUAUCCCCAAGAAACCGUGAAUAACAUGCUCUGUUCGAAUUUAGUCUCAUGGUCUACUUUUCUAUAUGUUAGUCUACUGUAGAAACGUUUGGAGGAGUUGAUCGACAUGCAUUAGAAGAGGAGAAACACAACUUGCUGGGCUGGUGGACUGGACAGGACAGAGGAAGAUUUCGUGAGAACACUCGCAGGGCGGUAUGGAUUACAUGUAAAGCCAGUGUUGGUUUCGCUGCUAUUUGGGGGAAAGUCAUCCGAGAAGUGCAUUUUCAGGAGAACAUGGACAGCCUCGCUUCCGUGCCAGAGGGAUUCCGUUCAGCCUGGAUUGAUGUUUCCUGGGACUCGCAGAGCUGAGCCGUGGAAUGGAGAGUGAAAUAAGCUCUAUGAAAAAAUAGGCUAUUUAUAAGAUUGGUGUCAAAUGUAUUUAUGUUCUGGGUAUCAUAGUUUAUUUUCCCAAAAAUCGUAAAUAAACUACUUGGAAUCUUGUGAUAAACUUCGGACAGUGGAUACUUUGAAAAGGGGCGCUUUGGUGACAAACGUGUGGAUCUAUUGAAUUAGGCUAUGCACGGAAUUCAACUGUCAAAUGACAGUUUCAAAGACGUUUUGUUUUGUCUCCACUUUGUCGCCACUCUUUCUUUAAUUUCAUCCAUCCACCGUAUCACUCCGUUAACCAGGUUCGAGCCGUAGAGAAAGAGAAAUAAACCCUCAGUCUCUUAUAGCGCGCCCACACGGGUACCGGGGUCGGGAUGUGGGGUGGCCGAGGUCUCCCAAUGUCUGUCAUCGUGGUUGUAACUCUACUCCUGGUUAUUAUUGACGUUAAGGCGAGUGGAGAGUACUGUCACGGUUGGCAUGACACCCAGGGCACCUGGAGAGAGGGCUUCCAGUGCCCGGAGAAGUUCGAUGGUGAGGAUGCCAUCAUCUGCUGCGGGAAAUGCGAGCUCCGGUACUGCUGCUCCAGCACUGAAGCACGGCUGGACCAGGGGACUUGUGAAAACGACAAGCAAGCCCAGGAACCGGGCACCAACAGCAAGGAGAACAAGGAUACGGGCGCAGUACCCAUCUACGUUCCCUUCCUGAUCGUGGGCUCUGUAUUCGUGGCCUUCGUCCUGGUGGGUUCCGUCGUUGCCGUGUGCUGCUGCCGCUGUCUCCGCCCCAAACAGGAACUGUCAUCAGGGGGCGGGGGAGGAGGCGGGUCUGGUGGCGGCCGUCUCCUUGAGACCAUUCCCAUGAUGGCCAGUGUGGGCACGUCUCGCGGUUCCUCCUCCCGCCAAUCAAGCACAGCCACAUCAUCCAGUUCCUCUGCCCCUCCUGCCCAGGCGCCUCGCCCGGCCCCCCAGCCCAUGAUGCGCACCCAGGCCUCCUGCUGUCUCCCUCCAGACGCCAGUGUUUUCGUCAACAUGCCCACCAACUUCUCCGUGCUCAACUGCCAGCAAGCCACCCAGAUCAUGCCCCACCAGGGACAGUUCAUCCACCCCCAGUACAUCGGCUACGCCACCCACCACAUGUCCCCGCCCCAGGGGGUCUACCUGGACCCCACCCAGGGGGGCUACAGACAGCUGCAGUCCCCCUACCCCCCACCCACCAGUGUGGCCAGUGUCACCAGUGAGCAGAAGUACCCUCCAGUAACAGUUUGAGGAAGGGGCCAUUUUGGUGACUGUGUGUAACAGACCGUGAGAGGACUUUGUGGAACUCUGCCAGAAAACCUUACGGAGAUUGCGUGAGAAACCUUAUGGGGACAUUGGGAGCUCGCCAGCUUGGAGAGAGAAUGAUAUGGACUCUGGCUCACACAGAGGACUCGUAAAACCCAAGCUGGGAUCUGUGCCUAACCAGCCACAGUGUGUUGCGUGUGUGUCUGUCCUAGAUCCCACUGGGCACACACUGGUUGAAUCAACAAUGUUUCCACAUUAUUUCAAUUAAAUGACGUUGAACCAACGUGGAAUAGACGUUGAAUUGACUUCUGUGCCCAGUGGGAUGUGUGUGAUAUUACGUUGCCUCAGGGUAAUCAUUCUGACUGAGUCAACCUCACCCCAAGAUGGAGUAUGCGAGGACAAGAAAGGGGUACAUCUGUUUGGAUGUCCUCAUUCAAGAAAACACAAUCAAAUAGAGGGGUCAUACUACUCACCAUGGCCAACGGCUCUCAGCAUACAGUGGCUUGCGAAAGUAUUCACCCUCUUGGCAUUUUUCCUAUUUUGUUGCCUUACAACCUGGAAUUAAAAUAGAUUUUUGGGAGGUUUGUAUCAUUUGAUUUACACAACAUGUCUACCACUUUGAAGAUGCA